UACCAAACUGUUAUACUCACUGUUACAGCCGUACGCCAGUAAGGCGAACCUCGUGACGGCGAUUUGCUAGUCUCAAUAACUUGUGAUAAACGUCGCCUCUCAGAAUGGUUACCAGAUCAGUGCUGAACCGUUGAAGAACGCAGUGCUCAAGAUCGUUUGUGAUUUGAUUUGCAAAGUGCGACGAAAAAGUUGAUUUUAUCAGAAAACGAAGUUUCUACAGCAGCGACUGUACCGAUGGUUAUUUCAAUCUUUCCUGUAAAACUACAAAAUAAAUACAGUGCUGCAAAUUCGCAUCGUUGCUUUGUGUACAAACAAGCUUCUUUUGCAAAAUUCAUGCCGCGCGAAACAGGAACUGUUGAGGAACAGCUGACACCUCUCUCCGCUUCUCGCUCCUUCGCAUCUGGUCGCGAAACUCUUUGUGUAGCGUUGCGAUAGGGGCGAUCGGCUCAAUUGCAAUCAAGUCAUUCGCGUGGCAGGACAAAGUGCGCUGCGUUCUCUGGCCGUCGAUCAACCGGCGCCCUGUUAUUUUCAAUUACUAUUGAACAGCAGUCCCUCUCAAAGUUGACCGAUAACAACUCAGUGAUAGCCUAAGUGAAAGUGCUACUAUUAAGCUGUCUAAUUUUGCUGAAAUCGAAAAUUGCCUGACCCUUCAGCUGAUAAAAAUAAGGCAACCCACACAGUGACAAGCCAGAUUAAAUUUAGCUUUAAAUCAAACAGAAGAAAAGUGUGCAAUAAAUGCGAUAACAGUGCUAGGGCUACUCAUAACCCGAUAGUGUGUCCCGAUUGAUAAGUCAGUUCGCUGAUGCCAGUCUGUCGAGUGGUUGGUGAAAUCAAAACACAAGGAAAAAACGCGUGAAACAAAGCGGUCGGUUUUCGCGAGAACCGUUACACCAUCCCCGAGCCAGUGUUGCUCCAGUGCAUGCGGUGAAUGAACAUCGUUUCGGAUUUUAUCCGGUGGAUUAAGUCAAUGCAGCACCUCAUCAUGAACAAUUCAACUGGCUUAAUUGACGAGCUCGACGAAUGCCUUCGGUACGUGGGUGGCCCCGGAGGCGCACUGGCGUUAACCGGAGUGGCUGCUGCGACCGCCUACUACUACGCUACCAGGCCAGUACCCGAGAAACCACUAGUGCCUCUAGACAAUCAGUGCCCGAUCGAGGAUGGUCCCGAACAGAUUCACGUGUCCAAGUUUUACAAGGAAGCAAAGGACGGUAAAUUUAUCAGCUGUCUAUCCGACGAUGCACGGACACUGUACCAAACCUUCCGGAAAGGUGUUAUUGAGUCGAAUAAUGGGCCGUGUCUCGGUUGGCGAAAAAACCUGCACUCUCCGUAUGAGUGGAUGACUUUUAACGAAGCAUUGCUGCGGGCAAAGAAUUUCGGUUCCGGUCUGAUUGCACUCGGACUGCGUCCUGGGCCAAGCACAUUCGUCGGAAUCUACUCGCAGAAUCGACCGGAAUGGAUCCUCUUCGAGCAGGGCGUCUACUGCUAUUCAAUGGUUGUUGUUCCUCUGUAUGACACUCUCGGACCGGAUGCGUGUGCGUUUAUUAUUCAUCAGGCUGAAAUUACUGUCGUGGUGGUCGAAGAUGACAAAAAAGUCAAUUCACUUCUGGACAAAGCACCAAGGAAUCUCCGCAAGUUAAUAGCUAUAAAAGAAGUUCGACCAGCGACGAUGCAGCGUGCAAAAAAUCAGGGUAUCGAGAUAUACACAUUCGACGAGGUGGAGAAGCUGGGAGCAGCUAAAGGCUUUCCGGAGGUCGAACCGAAGCCCUCCGAUAUAUGCACUUUGUGUUACACAUCUGGAACGACCGGUAAUCCGAAAGGUGUGAUGCUGUCCCACAUGAAUGUUGUAUCCGGAGUUGCUGGGGUCUUGCUACAGCUGGGUCCUCAUAAACCUCGCGUUGGUGAUGUGAUGAUUUCGUUCCUGCCACUUGCGCACAUGCUGGAGCGAUGUUGCGAGAACGGGGUUUACUACAAUGGUGGUGCCGUCGGAUUUUACUCCGGUGACAUUAAAGAACUCACAAACGACUUAAAGGCUCUGAAGCCAACAUUGAUGCCAGCCGUUCCCCGGCUUCUGAAUAGGGUGUACGAUAAAAUAUACGCGGAAGUGGCUCGAUCAUCUGUCAAGAAGGUACUGCUACGGAUGGCACUGAAUGCAAAAGAGUCCGAAAUCAAACGGGGAAUCAUCCGAAAAACCAGCCUUUGGGACAAGAUCGUCUUUCGAAAGAUACAGGAGGGAUUCGGUGGCCGGUUGCGGCUAAUGGUUGUUGGCUCGGCUCCUCUUUCGUCCACGGUUCUUACCUUCUGCCGAGCGGCACUCGGCUGUUUGAUUUGCGAAGGCUACGGACAAACCGAGUGUACGGCACCGAUUACGCUAACCGUGCAGGGAGAUUUCGUUCCUGGUCACGUGGGACCACCGGUGGCAUGUAACGCAAUCAAGCUGGUUGACGUUCCCGAGAUGGAGUACUACGCAUCCCAGCAGCAUGGUGAGAUCUGCGUCAAGGGAUCCAAUGUGUUUAUUGGGUACUACAAGGACCCGGUCCGAACUGCAGAAACAAUCGACGAGGACGGUUGGCACCACACCGGUGAUAUCGGCCAGUGGCAACCUAACGGAACAUUGAAGGUGAUCGACCGCAAAAAGCACAUCUUCAAGCUGAGCCAGGGCGAGUACAUCGUGCCGGAGAAAAUCGAGAAUGCGUACAUCCGCAGCCAGUACGUGGAGCAGGUCUUUGUGCACGGCGAAAGUCUAAAGAGUUGCGUUGUCGCGGUCGUCGUGCCCGACGUUGAAGUGAUCAAGAGCUGGGCCAUGGAGAACAACAUUCCGGGAACACUGAGCGUACUGUGCAAUAAUCCGGAUGUCAAGCAGCUCAUCAUGAGCGACAUGAUUGCCUGGGGCAAACAGUUUGGACUUAAAUCAUUCGAACAGGUCAAAGACAUUUACCUUCAUCCGGAUCCCUUCUCGAUGCAAAAUGGGCUACUAACGCCAACGUUCAAAAGCCGCCGGCCUCAGAUCAAAAACUACUUCGCACCUCAACUGGACGACAUGUACAAACAUCUGGACUGAAUCCGAACACGUUAUUGAAACGUACUUUUGCAUCUGUGUGCUGUGUGCGUAUGUGCAUGUAUGAAUGAUACGUAUUAUCAUCGACAGCAACUGUGUGUAUGUGUGAAGAUCGUAACCUUAGCAAAUUCAAUUAUGAUUAGCAAAAUCCUCAAUACCAAUGAGAGAUAUCCUGAAAACCAUAAACAUUAAAAAAAAAGUUCAAUGGGAUCAUCAGCCCGCUAGUACUUUGUAGAUACCAAUUGAAACUAGAAUACAUUUUUAACUGAUAAAAUCAAAAGCAUGAAACAAAACUAGCAGCAAAGUUAAUCUUCAAGCCCGUCAAUUUCGUACGUUGCCGACUAUUCUGCAAUGCCUGUCCGUUUGCCACCGUGGAAAGUCAGCGCUUCGAAGAGCGUCUCGAAGAAAGGACAGUGUGAGGUUCCCAGCUGGCUACCAGUUUUACUACUUAUUCUCGUUUCCUGUCGGCCGCUGAGCUGUAUUGACAGGUAGGAUUUACUAUACUUUUAAAUACAUCACGUUUCGUGCAUCGGAAACGAUACCAAAAAAAAAAAAACUACUUAGUUGUUACUUAAUAAAUUACUAUUAAAACAUUACAAGGACAAAAACGUUACUUAAAAUAAAGAGGCAAAUGGUUUACUAACAGGAACUGACAUUCGAACCUAAGGCUAGAUGCUCUGAGUCAAUUUCUUGUUCUUAUGACGUUGAAUCCCCCAUUAAACUGCUCUCCGGUUGGGGUUAGUAUCUACAGUGUUGAAAGUGAGUGAGUAAUAGCAAGUAAAACAAACGAUUGGAAAUAGUUUUCCAAAAACUUUUUUUCUUUAGUUCAAUUAGCUUCAAACUUAGAAUGAUUUUUUUUUCUUUUCGCAAUAACUAUCAUUAAAAUCAUAUUAAACGCUAGUCAAGGUUUACUUCGCAAGCUGCGUUUCCUUCAAAUUGAUUCCUUCGUGAUAGUGUAGUUUUUUUAAUCGAUAGGUACGGUGACAAUAUUGAAGUAUCAUUAAAUUUAUAUUGUAGAUUGUAGUCUGCUGUGAAAUGUUAAUAAAGGGUGAAACUAUUCGGGAAAUCAAUAGAAAAUUCAUAAUUUUAACACAAAACUUUAAGAAAAGUUUUCGAAGGGAAUUAUUUUCGAUUUUGCAACCACAACGUCCAAAGCCGCAAUAAAUACCAGUUUCUGUUUCGUGAGCAUGGUGCUAGGAAGCUUAGAAAGUCGCUGAUGAAAAGUGUUACAAUUGAACGAUACAGUAAGCAAAACAUAUGAUUUUACAAAGCAAACGAGAAACCAGCAAACACACUAACUACACUGAGAACUAGUGGCAGAAGCAUAAAAGCACCCGUAGGUAGACAAGUGUGUAGCCAGAGAUAAAACAGAAGCUGUAGAACCGCUUAUCGAUAUUAGUGAGCCGGAAGCGAGGCGAAUGAAAUCGUUACGAAACACAAAUUAAACCGAAGAAAACGAAAAAAGAAACUCUUUUACUGGAUGCCUACUUAAUCUCUAUAAUACAUGCAAUAUGUAGUUAGUUGAAACAUCACUGAUAAACCAUUAAAGUCAGCAACAAACACUUACUCAA